UGUAUUAUAGUAAUUUUAUUUUUGUUAUGUUAAGCAAUACUCAUUUCUUUUGUCAUUAUUGCACAAUAAAUACAGAUAUGUUUACAAUAUGUCCGCCUUAUUUUUUUUCCAAAUCAUUCCUAAACUUUCUUUUCCGAAUGAAACAUAUUAUCAUAUGUGGUGUACGAUUUUGAUUGUGACUCACUAUUUACUGGAGUCAUUAUCGCGUUGAACUUUUCCAUGAGCUAGAUAAGAUAAUAUUAACGUUGAAAUCAAAUUUGAUUUCAUCGAAAUAUUUAUUUGUAUCAGCAUCUUUGAUUAAUUAUAUAUUAUAUUUGUUACCUAAUGAAAAUGUCUUAAUAAUGAAAUUAUGAAGAAAAUGAUGCAGUUAUUAUCAUAACCAAUGACAUAAUUACAGAGACUGACUGGCAGUUCAUUGUCGUCUAUAGAUUAUCGGAUAUCUGUGUUAAUAAGAAAUGCAGUAUGAAAACAGUAUUACCCAUAGACUAAAGAUAUAUCCCCACCUUGUAUGCGAACAAAGAUCACCUACUUUAUGAAUCCUCAAUAUCGAUCAGUAGUAUUGAAACAAAGCUCUAAACAUGAAGUCUAUACUAGCGAUCUAUUUAUUUGCAAGUAUCUAUUUAGUAACUUGCAAAGGAAUGCUUUCCAAUAACAGCAUUCCUCUAGUAGUCAUUACCUGGGAUUAUCAUGAUGCAACACAAAAAGCAUGGGAUGUUCUAUACAAUGAGAAGAGGAGUGCUUUGGAUGCAAUAGAAGAAAGUUGCAGCCUUUGCGAACAGCAAAGAUGCAGAAAAACUGUGGGAUAUGGAGGUAGCCCGGAUGAGGCUGGAGAAACUACAUUGGAUGCCUUAAUCAUGGACGGAGUCACGAUGGAUGUAGGCGGUGUAGGUCUCUUAAGAAAUGUCAGGAAUGCUAUUUCUGUUGCUCGCAAGGUUCUCCAAAACACAGAACAUUCCUUGCUAGGUGGAGAGUUGGCUGCAAAGUUUGCUGUGGAGAUGGGAUUUAAGGAGGAGUCUCUACAAACAGAGGAAUCCAAGAAAAUGUGGAUGGAUUGGAGAAGCAAUAACUGUCAGCCCAACUUUUGGAAGAACGUUGCACCAGAUCCGAGAACGACUUGUGGCCCGUAUCGUUCGAUAGGUACAAUGGAAAACGAUAUCGAGGAGCACGAGUCGUUCGUGAACGAGGAAAACCACGACACGAUUGGUGUCGUUGCUAUAGAUUCUAACGGUCAUAUAGCAGCUGGUACGUCAACAAAUGGCGCAAGAAAUAAAAUUCCUGGCCGCAUCGGUGAUUCCCCGAUCGCGGGUGCAGGCGCAUACGCCGAUCAACAGGUCGGCGCAGCCGCCGGUACCGGCGAAGGUGACAUUAUGAUGCGCUUUUUACCUAGUUUCUUGGCUGUGGAAGAGAUGCGUCGCGGCGCUACUCCAACUGCAGCCGCAACAACAGCGAUUCGCAGAAUUGCUGAACAUUAUCCAACCUUUACCGGUGCAGUGAUUGCAAUAAACAAGGAGGGACAAUACGGGGCUGCUUGUAAUGGCAUUACUCGAUUUGCACAUUUCAUUGCCAACCCUCAAUUAGGAAAACCGACAAUGAAGUAUGUGAACUGCAUAGAUGCUGAAUAUCACGUUGUCAGAAUUGAAAAUAAUUGAUAAUACCUGUCUAAUCUUGUUCAUUUCACUGUACUGUACUAUUAUGUGAAAAUUGAUUGUUCUCUUAAUAAAACUUUACGCAAGUAUUCGCA